AUGCUGGCAUCAUAUUUCUUGUUUGCUCUCGUAACAACAACCUCAGGAUCCCCAUUGCAUUAUUCCCGACGGGCAUCAAAUACAACCACGCUGAGCUUGUUUGAUUCUUUGACUACGACAUGUGAUCUCGAUCAAUCUAGGAUCCCGUCCGUUGCAAAUUUCUCAUCCAGUUUGCCUGCUCCCGACGGACAACGAUUGAGAUAUGUAGCUGUCGGGCGUGGAAUUCAGAACUAUACCUGUGACUCUAGUACCACCGCUGCAACCCCUGCAGCAAUCGGUGCUAUUGCUACACUGUACAACGCAAACUGCAUUUUGAAGAACUAUCCCUCCAUGAUCGAUAAUAUCCCAGAUAUUUUACUACAGUUCUCGAUUCAUAGCACAAAGGGAGAUAUUAUAGCCUCCGACGCACCGAAUAUACUAGGCCAUCAUCGGUUCGGGGAUUCAACGACAGCGGUGUUUGACUUGAACACCGCCAGUCACGAAUAUGGUCAGGUGAUUGCUCAUAAGGCUGGCUCAAUGAAUGCUCCGAGCAACUCGCCACUUGGACAGGUUCCUAGUAUUAAUGGAGCAGUGGCAUGGCUGUACCUGUUGUCGAGCGCCGACUCCACGGCAGACAUCACGAGUGUGUACCGGACACAUACGGCAGGAGGAAGUCCUCCAGCCACUUGCAAGGGACAGAAAUCUGGUGUAUUGUCAGUUGAGUAUGCGGCGUUGUAUUGGUUCUUUUCUCGGUAG